AUGCCCAUCUGCCUCUUCUACCUCAUCGCCCGCGGCCUCGACACCAUCGAAGACGACACCUCCAUCCCGGCCAAAAAGAAAGAGCUCACCCUCCGCGACUUCCACUCGAACCUCGAGACCGACGGCUGGCACUUCACCAAGAACAGACCCCAGGAGAAGGACCGCGCCCUCCUCCUCGACUUCGACUGCGUCAUCCAGGAGUUCAAGCUCCAGAAGCAGGUCUACAAGGACAUCAUCAGGGACAUCAUCCGCCGGAUGGGCCACGCCAUGGCCGACUACUGCCUCCGCGCCGAGAGCGACGGCCCGGGCGUCGACACCCGCGACGACUACGACGAGUACUGCUACUACGCCGCCGGGGUCGUCGGCGAGGGCCUCACCGACAUGUUCCUCGAGGCCAAGUUCUACCGCCCGCCGCCCGCGCUCCAGGACGGACGCCAAGACCAACAUCAUCCGGGACAUCAAGGAGGACGCCGAUGA